UAGGCGGCGGCCAGGAGGGUGGGCGGGGGAGCGGCGGCGCGCCUGCGCCCUGCGCUUCCCUCCCCCCGGCCGCCGCCGCCAUCUUGCGCGCCGUUCCCUCCCUCCAGCCCGCCCUCCUCCUCCUCCUCCCGGCCUCUCUCCGCCGCCCGUGCUGCCCGGUGACUGAGGCGGAGGCCGGAGCGAGCCGAUGCGCCCGGGCGUGAAGCUCUUCGUGGGCAACGUGCCCGACCAGGCGUCGCCGGUAGAGCUGCGCGAGCUGUUCGAGGCGGCGGGGGUGGAGCCGGGCGAGCUGCUGAGCGUGGCCCUGAUGAAGCAGUUCGCCUUCGUCCACAUGCGCGACGAGGCGGCGGCCGAGCGGGCCGUGCUGCGGGUCAACGGGCAGCCGCUCCACGGGCGCCGCGUGGUGGUCGAGCCCUCCCGGCCCCGCCCCACCCACACCGUCAAGAUCUUCGUCGGCAACGUCUCGGCCGCCUGCACCAGCGGCGAGCUGCGCCUCCUCUUCCAGCACUACGGGCCCGUCGUCGAGUGCGACGUCGUCAAAGACUUUGCGUUUGUUCACAUGGAGAACGAAGAGAACGCUAGAGCCGCCAUUGAACACCUGAACGGACGGGAAGUCAAAGGCAAAAGGAUUAACGUGGAGCUCUCGAACAAGGCGCACAAGAGGGGCACGGCCGGGCAGCAGGGAGGCGGAGCCGAAAGGAACAAGAUCCCCACCCUGGAGAAGCUGCAGGCCCGGGGCGACGGCUUGAGGCCUGACCUGAACUCCCAAGGGGCAGCCCCGGCGUACUCGGCGCUGGAGUAUGACUAUCAGCAGCGGCUGGGCGGCGGCAGCGGCACUGGCGGCAGCAGCGGCCUGACCAAGUUUGACCCCUCUGACAGCCAGGCCCGGCAGAUCUCCCCCUCCUACUUUGGCAGGGACAGAAGCCCCAUCAGACGCUCGCCCACCAGAGCAGGCUACAUGCAUCCGAUGGCGGCCCAGCAAGCGACCUACCGGGACCAGCCCUCGGCCUCCCUGGGAGCAUCCUACCGGGACCAGCCUUCGGCCUCGCUUGGCAUGGCUUACCGGCCCCAGCCGACGACCGGCCAGGCGGCCCUGUACAGAGCCCAGUCCUCGGCACUGCUCAGCAAUGCCUACCGAGCCCAGUCCUCUGCCCCCCUGGGGAAUUCUGCUGCCCAGCCAGCAGCCUCGGCCCUGACCUCCUACAGUGCCCAGGCGGCUGCUACUUACAGUGCCCAGUCUGCCGCAGUGGCGGCGGCUGCUGCCGCCUACGGGGCCCAGCCUGCCGCCUCCCAGGUUUCCUCCUACGGGGCCCAGCCGGCGGCGACCUACGCUGCCACUUAUGGGGCCCAGGCCGCGGCGACGUAUGCAGCUUCCUAUGGGGCCCAGGCCGCGGCGGCGGCCGCGGCACUCUCGGCAUCUUACGGGGCCCAGCCUGCGACCAGCCAGUCAGCCUUGUACAGCGCCCACUCGCUCUCGGCGCAGCCUGCUUCGUACGGCGUGCAGGCGGCUGUCGGCCACGCGGCGGCCUACGGGGCCCAGGCCACGUCUGCCCUGCCGGCGGCCUACGGGGCCCAGUCCGCGGCAAGCCUGGCCGCCGCUUACAGCAUGCAGGAUGCGGCCGCCGCCGCCUCCUAUAAAAACCAGCUCUCUGCUUCACUGUCGACAGCCUACCGCGCCCAAGUCUCCAACCCGGCCGAGGCGAGCUAUGCAGCCCAGCAGUCUGCGUCCGUCCCCUUGGCGGCCGGCUACCGAGCUCAGGCGGCGUACAAUGGGCUGUCUCAGUCCGCCCAGCAGGCGGCCUCGUAUGCGGGAGUGUCUCAGGCCGAAGCCGCCGCCCUCCACCCGCCCUAUGAGCGCACCCGCCUCUCCCCGCCGUGCGGCAGCCGCGAGGAGCUCUACAGAAAAGCAGCGGCGAUGAAUAAGAGGUACGGUUCUGACCUCUCAGAUGACCGCCGUUUAUCUGACCUCUCAGAUUUCCGCCGUUUAGCAGACUCCCCCCACGCAUACCGCCAUUCGCCGACAAAGGCUCAACUGGAUUUCCGCCGUCUCCCAGAAUCGCAGUCCGAUUACGCCCGAAACGAAAUUGUUCCUGUCUUGAAAACCCUCCUCGAAUGUCCUUGCAGCGGUGAACGCUUGGUGUCUUCCCAGGCCAGCUCGAUUGCGUUGAUGCAACAGUAUACUUCGUUGAUGUACGCCAGUUCCGAGUAUGCAGCCAACCUGCUGUUAGAAGCGAGCUUAGUCUUUCUCCCCCACUUUUUUAUCAGCUGUAAAUAAAGAAUGAGCUGAUGGACAGUUUAGAAAACCCAGCUGUCUGGUGUACAUUUCUUCCGGGGGUUGGGGGGGUGUGGUGUUGCUUGCUUCCCAGCUCAGGGCCAUCUCCUCUGAAGUGGACUCGGGGCGGGUGAUCGGUACGGCGUGAGUGACGGUGUCCGUUGUUCUACGGUACGCUCCGUUCGAAUCGAAACGGCCUGCGCAAAGCCCUGCCCCUCCCGUCAUCCUUCUUUUCAGAUCUCUCUGCCGUGUUGGUCGUCUUCGUGUCAUGUUCUCCAGCAGGGCUAGUGAAACCCCUCUCUCUCCCAAACUCUGGUGGGGAGGACCAAGGAAUUGGAGAGAGCCCAUGGAGCCCCAAGAAGCAGGAAAAUCUCUGGGUGGGGUGGAAGAGAGGUGUGGGAUUAUGCAACUGUAAAGAGCUGGAGUGAGCGAACAGAGCCGAUAGAAGCCGUGCCUGGGUUGACAGCUUCAGUUGGGUGCCCUCCACUACCCUGGUUGCAUGGGAUAGGGCACGGUCCUUGCAUGAAGACUGCUUCAGGAGAUGAACUAGGUAUAUUUGGUAUCCCCCUGCUUAGGCGCGGAGAGGUGCGGGGCCUCUUCCCUAGACCACCUGUAUUUGUAGCAGUGAACCAUUGCUCUCGUCUCCUCCUGCUUUACUGUUUUUCUGGAGACCCUCGCUGCUGCUUCUACUUCUACUUCCAAAGGGCUAGGCCUAUUAAUCCGUUGCAGUGGAAAUGGUGUCAUGGUUGCUCGAUCGUGCUGCUUCUCUUCCUGGUUUUAUACCAUUUUGGAACCUUGGCCAGAUUCUAGAUGGGAGUGGGGCUUUAAAAAGAUGGGCCUCAUCCAGACGAAGUCUGCCAUGGCUAAGUAUCACUGGAGUAGGAGACGAGUUACUCAUGACUUGCUUGAGUCCUGUAAGUUUCAGUGGGGCUUAGUCCAGAUCCUGCCCGUUUCUCCCAAGUGAGAAGUUUCGGAAUGAACAGAGAGCUUCCCCUCCCACAUGUAUUGCCGAAUAAGUGUUGGUAACCUAGGGGUUCCCAACUUGUGGUACUCGAGCUGUUGCUGAACUACAACUCCCAUCAUCCCCAGCUGCAACUCUUUAUGGCUGAGGAUGAUGAGGGUUGGAGUACCUGACCUACACAUGCCACAUCGUCGCCCGCAGCUGCGUUUUGGUCCACGUCUGAUGAAGUGGACUGUCGUCCCCCAAAGCUUGCCCCAAAAUAAACCUGCCCAGGUGGAAGGUGCUCGGAAAGGGGGUUACUCUGCAGCUGAACUGAAAAGUAGCACAGUCGACAGAGAGUGAUGGCACAGUCGCAAGGGGACCAUGACUGUGCUUGGAACAAGGCCAACCUCUUGAUGAUCCGUGUCUUCCAAGUAGCGAGCUAACUGCUCUUUGUAUGGCUCUUCACAGGAUUAUGCUUGCUAGGGAGUUGAUUUUUAAAAGUACAAACUCUCUCUCCUCCUGUGCUGCAUCUCUUGCUUGUUUCUAAGGCUGAGGUUUCCUGGGCAGUCCUUAUUACAGCUUGCAUGAUCUGCCGCUUUAAUUUUCACGUGGCCCAGACAGAAUUGCCCAAGAACAGCUUUACAAGGUAUAAAUAAUGUCCUAUCUGUUCCUGUUUUCUCUCUCUCUUUUUUUUUUUUGUCGUGACCAGGCACACUGCCAAUGAAGCAGACUGCUCCCUAGAACCAAAGUGUGGCAGUCUGCUUAUGCUCCUGUGUAAUGAGGUCACCGUAUUCACAAUUCCCUCCCCUCUGUUGCUGGGGAACCUACACUGAACCAUCCCUCCGGAGCUUACAACUGGGAAUGAGAGAAGGGAGCACAUCUUGUUUCUCCAUUGCUGGAAUAUAUGCUAGACAACCUGCACAACUGCGGCCCUCCGGCUGCUUUUUUGGACUACGAAUCCCAUCACGCCCAGCCACCGUGGCCAAUAGGAAUUAUGGGAUUUGUAGUCCAGCAUCUGUGGUGGGGGGCAAAGUUAGGUAGUCGUGCUCUGAGAUAACCAUCUUGCUCCCAUAUUCUUUGGAGCCAAAGUAAUUGCCAUGAAAGCUGGUGGGGAAAGGAAGGGAGGGGGAGAUACGUUCUGCCCCCUUGUCUGGCUUGGGAGAAUGUGGGUCUGCUGCCAGAAAAUGGGCCGGGGUGGUUGGGUGGCAGCUGUGUUGUUCCCCUCUCAUUAUUGUCUUAGGUGCUGUGACCUCGUCUAGAGCACUCUAGGGAAAGGUUCAGCAACGGGCUAGGGUCCCAGGGCGUCAUGCUGGUAUUGGCAAGGGAGCUUUGGAGUAGGGCCUACUUAUUUAGAAAUAACCAAAUGGAUGCUUGUGGACCUUAGUAUCAUUCUGCUCUUGAUUUGUACCCAGUUAACUAGCUGCCACUAAACUAUCCCAAGGCUCCAAUCUUGCAGACCAACGUCAAGUGUAUGGCCUGUUCUAUCGCUACAGACAGCAUUCUGUACUCCUGGAAGCCAUUUGGCUAAAGGAGAAGCUCUUGAGCUUGCCAGUUUCAUGUAGCCUUCAAAAUAAGACAGGACUGCACCUUGAGAGUUUUUUUUCUUUUCUUACAACUAAUUUAGGAAUAUAGGAAGCAGCCAAGGUUGCAGGCAGGAAUCUUUCUCUGAGCCCUAUCUUGGAGAUGCUGCCAGGGAGGGAACUUGGAAUCUAGAUGCUCUUCCCAGAGCGGCUCCAUUCCCUGAGGGGAAUCUCUUCCAGUGCUCACACUUCUAGUCUCCCAUUCAUAUGCCACCAGGGUGGACCCUGCUUAGCUAAGGGGACAAGUCAUGCUUGCUACCACCUAAUGGCACAUCAGGGAAGUAGCUUGCCUAGCAAGCAAGAGGUUGCCGGUUCGAAUCCCUGCUAGUAUGUUUCCCAGACUAUGGGGAACAUCUGUAUCAGGCAGCAACAAUAUAGGAAGAUGCUGAAAGGCAUCAUCUCCUGCUGCACGGGAGAUGGCCAUGGUAAACCCCUCCUGUUUUCUACCAAGAAAACCACAUGGCUCUUUGGUUCACCAGGAGUCGACACCAACUCGACGACACUACUUUACAAGAAGACCAGCUCUCCUAACUUCUCAGCCAGAGGGGCAAUGAGUUUUGUGAGAGAUUAUUUGAGUUGAACAACACACCCAUAUUUGACAUUUAAACCACUGUGGCAGUGAGAGAAGUAAGACAGUUCAGUUACCACCAGUUGUCUGCAGUCCCUAAUAGCCCAGAUCGGAGGUGAGAUCUUCCUCUGUUCCAGGCCUUCACCCUCUCUGUUCUUGCUUCCAUAUUCUCAUCACUUCAUUUGUACCCCAGAUGCAAUUGUGGGGGGUCCUCUGCUAUUCCCAGUAGUCUCUCUAACAGAAGGAUCAGAGAAGAUACCGUGCUGUCUUGAAGGGUUGGGGGUGGAGGGGAGAAGAGACCAUCCUCUUAGCCAGUAAAAGCCAUACCAACCAAUGCAAAUGGUUGACUUGCAAAGUUUUACAUUCCCACUAUGACCCCAGACAGCCCCCAAGUCCACCUUUCCCUUCAGGACUCGCCAAACUGCACAAGUAUUCUCAAAAGGUAGACUGGCGGACAUAAAUGACGUGGCUGUGACGGAGAGCAAGAAACUGCCUUGAGCAGGCAACAUGGCCUAUGCCAGGCUGUCCCGGAAUCUCUGGACGAUCUGUGCCCUGAUGGUGCAGGCCUCGCUGGAGAGCUGAACCAAGGGGCUCUGUGUAGGCAGCUCCCGUUCAGCAUCUGCUCCCUCCUCCACCCUCUUCCCUUUCCCGCAGUGGGGUUUUGUGGCUCAGGGAAAUGUUGGGCAGGACACAGCAAGCCAGGAAGAUCUGGCACACCUGUGUGGGGGUGGGUGUUGUAGGGCUACAGGGAAACAGAAUGGCCACAUUUUCAAUGGGUAGCUCCAGUCCCCUGUGGACAGAAGAGGAAAUGGAAUCUGUAUUAGUGGGUGGUUUGUGUUGAAGGCUGUGCAGAAGGCCUGUAGCAAAUUGAGGAUCAAACCGAGCUGACCUAAGCAGCCUUAAUUCAGCUUCUGGAACAUCAAUAUACUUCCUUUCCCCCCCACUCCCAUAGUUUGGAAUUUCUAGCACUUUGACAUCUUGAAUUUUAUCAUAUCUACAUGGCCCACACACACACACAAGAUUUUGAGGGUUUGGGGUUGUGUACCUUCUGCCUAUCUCAUCUAUCCCUCUGGUUUGUUUGGCCCUGAUAACAGUUCCUUCCAGUCCCUACAUCUCUCCCAGUCUGAACCAAAAGAGGGUACAAAGCCUCACCUGGCAAAGUUUUACAUAUAUGCCUCCUGCCUUAAUUAAUUAACAUAUUUGUAUACUGCCCAAAACACAAGUCUCUGGGCAAUUUACAACAAAACAAAAAGGUUAAAAUGUUACAACAAGUAAAACUUAACAUUCAAACUAUUAAAAAUCAUCAAACUAUUAAAACUAAUUAAAAGCUUGGGUGAACAAACAUCUUGACUGCCUUUUUAAAAGUUGUAAGAGAUGGGGAGGCUCUUAUUACAGCAGGGAGCGUGUUCCAAAGCCUCGGGGAAGCAACAGAGAAGGCACGUCCCGAUGAGCCACCAGAGUGGCAACUGCAUUCAUUCAUUCGAUUUCUAUACCGCCCUUCCAAAAAUGGCUCAGUACAGUUUACAUGGAGAAAUAACAAACAAAUAAGGUGGAACCCUGUCCCCAAAGGGCUCACAAUCCUUAAAAAGCUGCAGACGAACCUCUCCUGAUGAUCUCAAUGGGCGGUGGGGUUCAUAGCAAAGAAAGCGUUCUCUUAAAUACCCAGAGCCCAAGCCAUUUAGGGCUUUAUAGGUUAUAACCUAAGACCUUAUAUUUUGCCCGGAAACCUAUUGGCAACCAGUGUAGAUCUUUCAAGAUAGGAAUGAAAUGGUCUUUCCGAGGUGACCCAGAGUCCACAAAGCUGCUUCCUAGCCAGCUUGCUGUGCAGGCGGUUUGCAUGGCUCUGAGCGGGAGGCCCCGGCACCGACUCGACCAGCAGCAGCCGGAGCUGAGAGAGGCGGGCCAGCUGCCGAGCUCUCCCGCGGGGCGGCGUGCGGGCAGGAGCCCGGCUGCUGGGCCGCCACGUGGGUGAUGCUGCCGCGGGGGUCCCGCGGCGCCAGCAGCAUCUUCCGUCGCCACGGCAACCAAAGCGGAGGACUUCCCCCGCAGCGAGCGGAAGUUCCGCCUCCUGCCGCCUUCGCUCACGGUGAUUGGCCGCCGUGUGCCCGGGGACGCCGCAUGGCCCAUAAGACCUCCGCCCACCGGAUAAUUGCCUUUUAGAGACUUCCGCGCGCGGGGGGGGAGGAGCAUCCACCCAAACUGGAGGCGCUUGCUGCGGCAGCCUAUGCCGGGCCUGCUGAAUUUUGGGCUGACAAACGAGGGGUCAGAUAUGUGGCUGGAGUUCUGUUCAGCCUUUAUCUGUCAAUCAAAUUCUCUUUCCUCAGUUUUUCUCCUGCCGUAUAAAAUACCUAUCAACGUGACACCCACCCCCCCACUUUAAUUAAACACCAACCAAAACAGAAUUAUCUGCACACCCUCGCUAGGAUGCCGCUCCUGACGCAGUCCCCUUGCUGUGCCAGUGUAUUCCGCCGCAGUCAAGUAAGUAAACAAAUAAGUAUUAUUUACCUGCACUAGUGUUGAGCUGACAUGGCUACUCUCUGUUUUCCUUGGCAUUUUGUCGAGGACAAGGGGUGCUCCAUAGCUGGGGUUCUCUUCUGCUGGUGGAGAGUAAACAUGACUGAUGAUUUUAUAUGGUUUUUAGACUUAUAGAUGAUGUUAACCAAAUGAGUUUCCUGAUGUCUGCAUAUACUAUUAUGUCAUUGUUGGAUCUGUCUGCACCUUGAGAAGACGUGAACUGUAUAAUACUGGAGUGGCAACCUGGUUCUGUGAUGUUGCAUUCUAUCAAUAAAGAUCAAGUUGGUAACAGUU